UAAACUAUGAAAUAUUGUCUUCAACAAUAAACUGUAUAUAUACUGUUGCAUCUUUUGUUACAGAUAUUACACAACCUGUUUACCUUUUACCGUAAGGUUUGAUAAUUCUUCCAGCAUGACAGCCUUCGUGAUGGUUUGUUUCUUCCGAAGCACGUCAACAUCGUCGACAUCGUUCUUCGUGUGUAACUGUGGGAUGGCACGUGUUUAAGGAAAAAGCCUGCGAAGAUGUUGGCCGAUGAUUCGAGAAACGCGUGCAACGAUGACGAAGAUAUAGGUGAAAGGCAAGAUUACGAAGACGCAAAUGAAUGGAAAGAAGGCGACGAUAAUUCCGAAGAAUUUAACAACCAUACAAAUAAAUCGAGCUCCGUUUCGUCUUGGAAAUUAUCACUGCCCGAUGAAUUUGCAAAUAUAAGGUUUAUUAGCAACAAUACGUACAGCGGUCGUAUUAGUAGAAAAAUGAUGGAGGGUGAAGGCGUGUACAAAUGGUCUAACGGUGCUCGGUAUAAAGGAGAAUUCGAACAGAAUCUUAUGCAUGGCAAAGGUCUGUUAGAAUGGAACAAUGUUUGUUGGUAUGAAGGCGAUUUUACGAACGGCUACCGACAUGGUAGAGGAAUUAUGGUGGAUGGAGAAAAUCGUUACAUGUAUACCGGUCAGUGGCAUAUGGGUGAAAGACAUGGGAAAGGUUAUUCCCGUUACUCUGACAAUGGUUCGUACGACGGUGAUUGGGUAAUGAACAAAAUGAACGGGAUUGGAUUACGAAUUUAUCCAAGCGGUGGCCGUUACGUGGGUCAAUGGAAGAACGGAGUUCGCGAUGGUAUCGGAACCAUGGUUUGGCCCAAUGGCAGUCUCUAUCGCGGGCAAUGGAAAUGCGGUGCAAUGCACGGCUACGGAGAGUACGUAUGGAAUGGAUUUUUUAAUAAAACGUUUGCUUGGCCGCAAGAAGCAUCGUACGUAGGUUACUGGCGUCGCGGAAUGCGUCAUGGCAAGGGUGAAUCUAUACUGUUCAAAACUGUCGAAACAAUGUUCGAUAAAGAUAAUAAUAAGAUCGUUAUAACAGGGGAGAUAAAGCUGAAUUCUGUCGGUGGAGCCAAGUAUUCUGGUUAUUGGAAGGAUAAUAAAAAGCAUGGUUACGGAGUCAUAAUUGGAAGUAACGGGCACAAGUUCGAGGCUGAUCCAUUAUUUUCAAAUGAUAUUUUGUGCGCGCCGAACGUUGUAGCCGAUAAUUUAGAAAGUGAAGCGAAAACGAAGGACGAAGGAGAAUGCGUGCGGACAGCUAAAGAAAUGAAAACAGCAUUUGCCGAGAAACCUGGUCAGUUAGUAGAAACUUGGUCAACGCCUAUUCUGAAGCCAGAACAGUUUCUAUGUUUAUCUUACUAUAUAACUCGUCUAUUGGAUCGAAAAAAUAUGCAGCCAUCUGUCGUAGUUUCGGCUUCAUCUGGAAAAUGCUACAGUUGUGAAAGAGAAUCUUGUUCUUGUUUGGCACAUCCGCUUUCCAUAGAUACGAUUACAGGUGAACGAAACGACAUCACGCAGACACAUGCGCCUGAAUCCUACACCGAGAAUAUGAUAGAAUCUGUGUGGAAAUACGAAGAAUGCUGGACAUAUAAUUGUUUAACGUUUCACAUGCUUCGUUUACGUGAAAUUUACAACGAUUAUGCUACGUUAUUUGCCAAGCCGGCGCCAAAAUGCAAUCUGGCGAUGAGUAGAUUAUGUUUAUGGCAAUUAUGGAGAGAUUGUGGUAUUCAUAAGGAAGGACUUAGCCUCACUGAAAUCGAUAGUUACAUUGGUGAACGUUGAUCGAUAACUAGUGUUAACAUCGUUGUAUAUUACAUACAGUACUGUGCAAAAGUCCUUUUCUUGAACCGUCAGUAGCGAUCACUACGGAUUAGUAAUCUCGCAAUGAUGGUAAUAAUAUUUUUAGGGGAUACGUAUUUAUCGUGUUUGACUUUCUUAAGUAAUAACGAUAGACUUAAGAUAAUAUCGAGUAUCUUUAUAUUCGUUUGGUAGGUAGCAAACCUAACAUUUUGCACAGUACUGUGUACCAGUACAUGUUCUAUAUGUAUACGAGUAAAUUAGCUUUUAAUGCAACAAAACGGUACUUUGGAAUAAUAUCCGCUAUACCAAACACGUCUCGGUAUAAAGUUUCUAUUAUUAACGCGAAUCGUUAAAAUAUUAGCGAAAAAUGAAAGCACGAUGGUGAAAGAUCCUCUUCGUCCGUUCGAAAAGAUUGAAAUCUGGCAAUUUCUACACGCAUUGUUAGAAGUUUCCUGGCAUUUAUAUACUAAACACAAUGACGAUAAAGUCGAGGAAAUGAACGGAAAAAUCGCUGGUGGUUUGCACAAAUUUUUGAAAAACUAUAUAUAUCCUCAUGCUGGAAAUCAUGUCGGUACGUACGUACGGUAUAUCUAAUACGGUAACGUUAUCGUAAAUAAGAUGAUAUAAAUAUAAAAAGUGGCUUUUGAAAAGAGAAAAAGGUAGUAUAUCGUUAUGAAGACAAUUUAUGUCAUAAGGAAUAUAAUUUUCGUCUAUGUAAGUUUUUGGGAAUUUUCAUUAAACUAAACGAAACAAAUGUUUAUGACUCUAUGAAACAGCUAGAAAGUCUUUUGUGUUGUUAAUCGUUUACAAAGCGAAUGCAACUUUUUCAA